CUUGUAUUUUAGAGAAUAAUUAAUAAAAUUAUAUCCAAUGAAUUACAACCAUCUGGGUAUGGUUCUAAUUAAGUUGAAAUUUUUUAAAAUUUAAAAUUCUCUUAUUUGUGAAACAUGAUGUCUAUUAUCAAGUGUAAAGUUUAUCGAUAUUAAUUGAAUUUGUCAAUAGUUGAUUAAUAGUUAUAAUACUAACUAUUAUGAAUAUAGAAUAUACGUAUUUUAUUAUAAGUUGUCAUAUUCAGUUUUACAAAAUAUAGUUAAGUUGUUUAUUUACUAUCAUAUCUAAUAAAAUAAAAAAAACUUAAGUAAAAUAGAAAAUUGAGAACUAAUUAGGACUUAAUUUUACACUUAAAAUGCAAACCAAUAAAAUGAGAGGUCGUCCUCCAAAGGCAAAAUCAACAUGUACUAUGUGCAAUGACUCAAAGCAUCCUUUGAAUUAUGUAUUACCUACACAGAAUGGAAAAAAAGAAUUUUGCUCUGUCAAUUGUCUUACAGAAUUUCGAAAAGAAUAUGUAAAGAACGGAUGUGCAAAUUGUGAUAAUAUAAUUAAAGGCUCUCCAGUUAAACAAGAAAAUCAAGAUUCUACACCAAAAAACUUUUGUUCAACUGCUUGUUUAAAUAAACAUCAAAGGAAAGAACAAACCAAAAAAACUGUAUUUGGAGAUGUUCAAGUGGAAAAUCCAUUUUCUGCUCACGGUAAUCCAGUAUUUGAUUGGGAUAAUUAUCUCAAAGAAACAUCAAGCUCAGCAGCUCCUACUUAUUGUUUUAAACAGCAUGAAGUAUCUCCGGAAAAUGAAUUCAAACCAAGUAUGAAAUUGGAAGCAGUGGAUCCUCGAAACAUAACAUCCAUGUGCAUUGCAACUGUCAUAGGUGUUGUUGGCCCCAGAAUACGUCUUCGUCUAGAUGGUGGAGAUAAUAAAAAUGAUUUUUGGCGAUUAGUUGACUCUUCAGAAUUAAAACCCAUUGGUUAUACAGAAAAAAAAGGCGGAAUGUUACAACCCCCACUUGGUUUUCGUAUGAAUGGUUCACUAUUCCCUAUGUUCCUAUUGAAGACCCUAAAUGGAGCUUUAUAUUCUCCCGAUACUGCUUUUAAAUCUGAACCUAAUACUCCUACUGACAAUUUAUUUAAAGUUGGUCAAAAAAUUGAAGCAGUUGAUAAAAAAAAUCCACAUCUAAUUUGUGUGGCAACUAUUGGUGAUGUUAAUAAAAACAAUAUAUUUGUUACAUUUGAUGGAUGGAGAGGUGCAUUUGACUAUUGGUGUUCAUAUGAUUCUAGAGAUAUAUUUCCAGUGGGAUGGUGUGUAAAAAGUGGCCACCCACUUCAGCCACCUGGUCAUAAAGGAUCUCGCUAUUCAGGAAGUAGACCUAAUAGUGCACAGUCUUCAGCAAAUGUGAAACAAAAUUUUAAUGAUUCUAUAAAUUUAACCCCAGAUAGUGCAAGUGAUCUAGAAGCUGGUAUCCAAGAAUCAUGUUCUGUAUUUAUAAACCAUGAGUGUAAGUGUGGCCCAUUUAUGGAUUCUUCUAAAUUGUUUGAACUUCCUAAGCAAUUAGGGCCUGGAUUAGUACAAAAAGUUUUGAAAGACACUAUACAACAUUUAGUAAACACUGCACAUGAUAUUCAAUCAGUUACGACAUUGAUGAAGAAACAAGGUGAUAGUACAUGUACAAUAACAGCUACAUAUGAAGGGAAAUCCAGGGUUUUUAAAUUACCGAAAAUUGAGAAGACAGAUGAGUUCUGGGAUUAUAUCAGAACUCUGUUAGAAGAUCUGUCAUGCUGCAAAAAUUUGUUAAGUCCCGCUUUAAAUGUUUGCUCCGAGUGUAAACUAGAAAAGAAUGUGAACGAAGUAAUAAAAAAUGAUAAUAAAAGUAUAAAACGACAUGGUUCACCAGAAAGUUCAACUCCUGAUGAAGUAACAGUAGUAACAAAAAAACCAUGUACAACUGAACCUGAAAUGGAAGCUGCAUCUUCCACAACCCCAACUGAAGGACCAAUAAGAUUACCUGUAGACCCUGCAGAAUGGUCUGUAGAAGAUGUUAUUCAACAUAUAAACUGUAUAGAUUUACAGUUAAAUACAUUUGCUGAUCUUUUUAGAAAACAUGAAAUUGAUGGAAAAGCCUUACUAUUAUUGAACUCUGAUACAAUGAUGAAAUACAUGGGACUUAAAUUAGGGCCUGCCUUAAAACUUCAAAACGUAAUCAAUAGAUUAAAACCCCGACGGAGAUAAAAGUGAAAAGCUCAUUGGAAGCUUUUUCAAGGUUGAUAACAAUGAAUGUUAGAUUAUUAAUAAUUUUGUUUUCUCCUAACUAUUUUUAUGUAUUAUGAAUGAUUGGUGCUUAGGUAAUAGAUAUUUACUAUGAAAUUAAUUCACAUAAAUUUAAAUGUUUUUUUAAGUAAUUAUACUUAUGUUUUCCUUAAUAAAUAUUUUAUUUUAUUUAUGAAAUUUCUAUUAACUAACUUUUAAUCAUUGUACAUUUUUGUUUUCUAAUUUAUACGGACAAUGAUUUAUUUUUUCCCCUGUAUGAAAUAUAAAUCAAAAUAUGGUUUUCUUAUAACUAAAUUUUAAAUUAUAUUUUGUUGUCAUUGAAUUUAUUUAACAUGUUGAUUGCGUAUGUCUAUGUGCAGUUUUCACCCAGUGCAUAUAAUAAAAGUAUAAAGCGGUAUUCUAAAAAUAACAUAAGGAAACUGCUCCAGCAUGGUCAUACAUCCAAACGAUAUAUAUAUAUAUAUAUAUAUAUAUAUAUAUAUAUACAUAUUUUAAAACAUUUGUUUAAUCUAUUCUAAUUAAUAAUAAAAUAAAAUUCAGCCACACGUAUGGAAUAAUAAACCAUUUACUUUAAAUAUAUUAUAUUGGACGCCAAAUUACAUCAAACGCGUUGCUGGUUGACCCUAAUGAUGACAAUUUGUGUCAGUACGCAGUCAACAUGUUAAUAAUCAAUUUGUCAAGAGGAUGUUACUUAUUAUUGUAUUGUUACCUCUGUCUACCAUUUUAUAUACAUAUAUGCAACAUAAUAAAUUUACUUUCCAUAAGACUAAUAGUAAGCUUUAAGCCAAUAUACAAUUGAAUUGAUAUAUUGUUCAUUAUUUUCUCUGUGCUCAGUGUUGAUUCUAUAAUAUACUAAUUUGGCAUUUUGCAUGAUGGACAGGAAUUAAUAACAAUUUUAACUCUUAUAAAUGUUGAUAUUUUGUUUUUCCAGUACAAUUUUUUUCUAAUUAGUAGCAUAUUAUUGAGUUAAGAAAUUAUGAUUACAAUUUAUAAUUUAUUAAACUUUCAUAUGAUUUUUUUAUAUCUAUAAAAUCAGAAUAUUUUUCUUUACACAAUGGUUUUUAUUGGGUAUAUUUAAGUUAUAUAUUGCCUAUUAUAUUAGUGAUUGAAUUAAUUAAUUAAUAUUAUCGUUUUAAUAAUAUAUUAAUUUGAUAUUCUGGGAACCAAAACCUCGCUUAGCACAAACCAUAUAACUAUAGUCCAUGAUAUCCUAUUAGCUAAAAUUAUUAGUUUAAUUAGUAGUAAUUAGCAACAAACAGUUUAAUAAUAUUGAAAAAGGUAAUUGUGAUCAUAUAAAAGUUAUAACAUUUUACACUCCAUGGUUUUGUACUUUUAAUUUAUGUUAUUUUUUGUUAUUAGCUUUAAUUAUGUAUAAGAUAAAUCUGUAAUAUUUUAUCAUGUUUCAAUUUUUGUAAUAUAGGUAUAUUUUAUUUUAUUUUUAGUAAUAGAAAUAUUAUAUUUUGUUUAUUAAUUAUAUUGUAAUAUUAAUAGCCUAAUGGGAGAAAAAUGUAAUGGCAAUUGUUUCUGUGAUUUUAGAAAUAUUUUGAUUGAUUGUAUUGAAAAAUUAU